AGCAACAACAAAACCACCGGCGCACGAACACUGUUCACGUCAGCAGCAUAUUUGUUGAUGAUAAAUUGAAGCAUUUGUGCCCUCAGAUUCAACCGUUUGAGUUACGAGCGGCCAACUGGACCAUGCAUUGCCUGCGAGCCCUCUUGGUCUGCACCGCAGCAGCAGCAGUGGCACCGGUCUCGCGCCGCAGCCUCCUGAAAACCACAGGCGCCGCCGCCGUGGCGACGCCUCUGGCCGCGAACGCCGCCGACAAACAACCGCUCCUCGCGGCCGGUACCAUCGCCGUGCCGCGCGUCGGCUUUGGCCUCUACAAAACCGCACCGGAAGAAACCAAGGCGGCCGUCGCGCUGGCGCUUGAGGCCGGCGUCCGGCAUUUCGACACCGCGGCCGCAUAUAACAACGAGGCCGAGCUUGGCGCCGCGUUACGAGAGGGCGACACGGGCGAGAACGUCUUCAUCACGACAAAGGUGGCCGCGACCGCCGGCGCGUCCGCACGGGACGCCGUCGCGGCCGCGGCGGACCGCCUCAAGCGGGCCCCGGACUGCGUCUACAUCCACUCGCCGCUGGCGCCGAGGGAGAAGCGCCUGGAAACGUGGGCGGCACUUAAUGAAGCGAGGAGGGAGGGCCUCUGCCGCACACUAGGCGCCGCGAACUGCGGCCUCAGGCACCUCAAGGAGUUUGAGAUCGCGGGCCCGGCGCCGGCGCUUGUGCAGCUCGAAUUGUCCCCGUAUAAUCAACGACCUGCCGAAGUCGCCUGGGCCCGGGGCAACCGCGCCGUCGUGACCUGCGCGGCCUGGUCGAAGCUCUCGGGCGCCUACAAUUGGGGGAGCGACGCGGCUUAUAAAACGCUCAAUGCUGCUUGCAAGGCCCACGGCGCGACGAAGGCCCAGAUUUUGGUGCGGUGGGCGCUCCAGCGGGGCUUCGUGCCCCUGCCCCGGUCCGGCGUUUCGGACUCGGUGCAACGCCUCGCCAUCGCCCAAAACUCGUUGGCGGGCGUCGAGGGCUGGCAGCUCUCCGCGCAGGAGAUGCGGUCCCUAAACCAGCUCGAGGACCGCCUCGCAUCGGGAAGACUAGGACGGGCGGACGGCUGGACCGCGGAUCAAGUGGAGGGGCCGGACUGGGACCCGACGACCUACGUCGACUAAGGGCUGUUAUGUGUACACUAGUCACUGCCCGAUUUCCUCGCCCGUCGUGGGGUUCUGCUCGUAGUACUCCUUGAUGUUGUUGCUCUGAACUUUGGCGUGCAUCUGGUACCAGCCGAAGUAGGCGACCUGUGCGCACGACGCCGUCGAGCAGAAGCGCG